AAACUAUUUAUUGUAGUUUUUUUAGAAACAGAUCAGUGUUGUGUCGAUCUUCUAUUAAAAUGUUUGGAAUAUUUUUUAUUGUGUUGGUAGCUGUAUUAGGAACUACUUUUGUAUCAGCUGGGUUAUUCGGCUCGGAAGAUAGCAGAGACGAAUUGGAUCGUAUUGUUGGGGGCACUAAAGCCCCUAAUGGUUCCGCCCCAUACCAAGUGUCGCUACGAUGGUUUGGGGUCAGACAUUUUUGCGGGGCCUCAAUUAUAACUACUAGAGUAAUAUUAACAGCUGCUCAUUGUGUGGACAGAAUGAAGCCGCAUUACUUCAUGGCGAUAGUGGGUACAAACCAGCUAAGAUCUGGCGGUACUCCGUACCCUAUCCGCAAGUUUGUACGUCACGAGGACUAUGAUGAUGAAGUGAUAAAGAACGAUAUUGCUGUACUCUUCACACUCACAGAGAUGAGACUAGGCGGUGACGUCGACACAGUGGAACUCAACCACGAACCUGUCAUGACAGGAGAAAAGUUGUUACUAACUGGAUGGGGUACCACUUCUUACCCAGGUAAGGCGCCAAACGAUCUGAUGAUGUUAGAACUGAAUGCUAUCUCAUUAGAAGACUGUCAAGAAGCACACAAAAAUAUAAACCCAGUGUUUGAAUCACAGAUCUGUGCGCUCACUAAGGAAGGCGAGGGUGCUUGUCAUGGUGACUCAGGCGGACCCUUAGUGAGGGAAGGAAGACAAGUUGGUGUGGUGUCUUGGGGCAUACCGUGUGCGAAAGGAAAACCUGACGUCUAUACUAAGGUGGAAUAUUUUAUGGACUGGAUAGAAAAAACUCUGGCUGACGAUAAUGCUGAUCAUAUUCAAGAACUCAAUAUGAUUAGAAGAAGCAAUCGACACGGUUAAAAUAAUACUGUUUCUAAACGCAAAUGUAGAUAUAUUAAAAAUAAACGUGGUAUGAAAUUC